GCGCUUCUCUUCCAGAGCUCUGAUCCCCUAUAACCAACCUUGGGUUAAUUCCCUCUUGGUCUGGAGAUGGCCUUUCUGCAUUUCAUAUGUGCUAGGCACUGGGGAUACAGAGAUGAAUAAGACACCGCUCUUCCCCAAGGACCUCACAAUCUAGUGAGGGAGCUGGACACAGACAUAAUUACAAUACAGAGUGAUAAAUGUCCUAGUGGAGUACAGAUAACAAUGAAGAUGGUGCCAAAAAUGCUUUUUCCUUUGGUUAAAGACUGGGCUCCCAAAGCAUUUGUAAUUUCCUUUAAGUUGGAGACUGACUCCUCCAUCGUAAUUGAUCGUGCACGGAGUGCUUUGGAAGUUUAUCAACAUCAAGUGGUGGUCGCUAAUAUCCUUGAGUCACGACGAUCCUUUGUGGUUAUUGUAACCAAAGAUUCAGAAACUAAGUUAUUGCUAUCAGAGGAAGAAGUAGAAAAAGGCAUAGAGAUAGAAGAGAAGAUCGUAGUUCAUCUUCAGUCUCGGCACACAGCCUUUAUACAAGACAAAAACUGAAGGUCAAAGGUUACAGGAUCAAAAAUUGUUCGGUGGACCAGGCCUCUUACAGAUGGUGAGAACUAGAAUAAAUACUUUACUUUCAUAAAGACAGAGAAAAUGAAGGGAAAAAGUGAGUGGUGAGCAGGUGAACACGGUUUGGUAUUUGUCUUUUAAAGGUAAUUUCAUACUCAUUAAAUAUGAAAAAAGCAAAGCAGACCUGACACACACGUCUGAAUGUCAUCUUGAUUUUGAAAAUGAACACGAGCUGUUUCUCACCUUUAAAACAAGAGCUUAUUGGGAAUUAUGUUCCUCAGAAUACACAUGUGGGGCCUGAAUAUCAACCUUCAUACUGUUAAAUGGAUAUGGAUGUGUGAGUGGCCAUGGUUUGAAGAUCAAAUAGUUGCUGAUGCUUACUGUGUGGUACGCCCUGAUGAUUAUGAGGAUUAAAAAGAUUAAUAAUGAACAUGUCUAGUUUGGGAAAUGGAUAUAUAAAGUGCAAUAAAGUGUAUACCCAAACGCUGA